GUCGCCUACUCUCUAAUGCCGUGCGAUGGCUCAACAUUCGAUGGUGAGAGGGUCGCCGGACGGCAGGCCGGCCUGUCCUGUCUCGCAGUCGUGUGGCUGAUGCUCUCGGACAUUGUCGGGACGUCGGUCCUCACGCUCUCGGGCGUGGCUGGGGACCUCGGCUACGUCCUCACCGUACUACUCAUCCUGGCCAUGCUGCCGAUGUCCUUCCAGGUGUCGGUGCUGAUGAGCAGGACCCGGCGCCUGCUGCUCCUGACGGCCCGGCUGGAGUCCGCGCAGGCUGCCCCGGCGCUCGGCUCGAUGGGCGAGGUGGCGGGCCACACGUUUCGCCGCGGCUCCUGCGGGACGGCCGUGUCCACUGUGGUGUACGGCUACACGCUGCUGGGGAAUUCAUCAUAUCUGCUGAUGAUUGCCCCCGACUCCGAACUUUGCCUGCGCGAUGCGGUGGCCGCCGCCUGCCUGGUCCUGAUCGUCCCCCUCUUCGCGGUGCGCCGCCUACGCGACUCUGCAGGGCUGGGCCUUGUGAACAACUUCCUGAUCGCGGGGUGCAUCGCGGUGGCACUGUGGGGCAUUGCGGGGCAGCCCAGGCGGCCGUGCUUCAACGGCCCCCCGGCCUUCGCGGGCGGGCUGAGCUUCCUGAGCUCUUUGGGCGCUGCCACCAACAUCUUCUACGGCUUCGCUGGGCAGUGGAUGUAUACCGUUGCGCUGCCGCGCGCAUCCACGGCCGCGCUCGGGGGGAAGGAGUGCAGGGACGCUGUGGCACGGAGCAAUGGGCACACGCCGGCCGCGGAGAGGGUUCGGGUGGCGGACUUCGAGCUCAUGGACACGAUGGCCGUGCCCAGCGAGUUCCCCCGGGCGGUUGCGCUGUCGUGCGCCUGCGUGGUCGUGACGUACCUGACUGUGGCACUGGCGGGGCUCUUCCUAGACGCGCGGGGGCCGAGCCUGCUGGAAAGCAUGGCGCCCGACGGCGCCCAGCAGGCCGCGAGCGCCCUCCUGUACGCUCACGUGGUGAUCGGCUACGUCAUCAAGAGCGUCAUCCUGGCGCGCCACCUGCAUGGCGUGCUCUCCCCGCGGGACCGCGACGAGCGCACCUGCGCCUCGUACCUGAAGCACGGCGGCGCGGGCGCCGCGAUGCUGCUCUUCGGCUUCGUGGUGUCGAACAGUGUUCCCUUCUUCUCGCAGCUGCUGGGUCUGGUCGGCGGCCUGCUGGCGGGGCCCAUCAACUUCGUCCUCCCCCUCGCCCUCUUCCUCGCCGCCCGCCGCCGGGCCGUGCGCCUCGCGGCCGCCGUGCCGCCCAGCCCGCAGGGGUCCGAGGACGGCGCCUGCCUGCGAGACGUUAGAUGGUGCUCCGAGGCGCAGGAGUCGGAUGCGGGCUCCACUGCCACCACGGCAUCGGCCAGCGAAGACGACGUCGGCUGUGUGAGAAGUCUUUGCCGGCUGCGCGCGCUGGACUGGCUGCUCAUGCUCGCCACGGUGGGCUUCACGCUGACGACGAUGGUGUUCGGCGUGUCCGACGUCAUCGGUCAGAUCAUCCAUCUCGAGGGCAGCGACGGAGCAAUGUUCGCGUGCCACGCGCUUAAGCUCCAUGACGUCACCGACGUUCG